UCUCUCUCUCUCUCUCUCUCUCUCUCUCUUAUCCGAAUUCUUCAUUUGAAUUUCUCUUCUUCUUCUUUGUUUCAGUUUCGGCCAUGGUUUCUGCAGAUGCCAUUCGUACGGUCAUGGGAAUCAUGGGAAAUGUUAUAUCUCUCAUCUUGUUUCUCUCCCCACUGCCGACGUUCAUCCAAAUAUGGAAGAAGGGGUCGGUGGAGCAGUACUCGGCGGUGCCGUACCUGGCGACGCUGAUAAACUGCAUGGUGUGGACGCUGUACGGGCUGCCCAUGGUGCACCCGGGCAGCCUGCUGGUGGUGACCAUAAACGGGACCGGGAUCGCCAUCGAGCUGGUCUACAUAAUACUGUUCUUGGUCUACUCCGACGGCAAGAAGAAGCGGAUGAAGGUGCUGAUGGUGCUGCUGCUUGAGCUCAUAUUUGUGGCUCUCUUGACCCUCCUCGUCCUCACCUUGGCUCACACCUUCCGCCUCCGCUCUGCCAUCGUCGGCACCAUUUGCAUCCUCUUUAACAUCAUGAUGUAUGCUUCCCCGUUGACCGUCAUGAAACUGGUGAUCAAGACAAAAAGCGUGGAAUAUAUGCCCUUCUUUCUUUCCUUUGCUUCGUUCGCCAACGGCGUCGUUUGGACUGCUUAUGCUUGCAUCCGUUUCGAUCCCUUCAUCACAGUUCCAAAUGGGUUGGGGACAUUGUCGGCCCUAAUUCAGCUUAUUCUCUACGCCACCUUCUACAAGUCCACUCAGCGGCAGAUAGCUGAAAGAAAAGGCCAAAUUUGUCUCUCCGAGGUGGUCGUCAACGGCGGCCGCCGGCCGGAGAAGAUGGCCGCCGCCGCCGCCGCCGGAGUUGAAAUUGCCCGAGCUUCCGACACGACGACGACCCAGAAGGCUUGAUCGCCCGACGACGGGUUGGAUGUGUAAACCCGAACCCGUACCCGUACCCGAACCGAACGGAACCCAAUUAAUAUUUUAUAACUUUUUGGGGAGUUGAAAACGUGGCUAACUGUCAUGAUUUGGGGAAUUAUAUGGGUUUACAUGAAUAAACCUAUAAUUAUUGUUACUUUUUGUCUAGGUAAUGAUAAUUAUGGUUUUUCCUUUUUUUUCUUCUCAAGGGUAUUAAAGACAUUGUAGCCUUUUUUUUUUUUUGUCUUUUUUCUCCUUAAGAAAAGAAAGGAAGGAAAAAGGCGCUUUUGGUUUUUACCAUUUUGGACCUCUCAAUAUAAUGGAAUUUUAAAUUGUUCAGAUU